AUGGUGCUAGAAGCUAGAGAUAGCAUUGAACAAGAGAUCUGGUGGGAAACACAUAAUGGUACUGCUAAAUUCUGGUAUGAUAACUGGACUAAAUUAAGAGCAUUACACUAUGUUGUUCCUGAUGACUUCAUCAUUGAUGAUAGUGUAGAGGAUGUGAGUCACUUUAUUACUGAAGAGGGAUGGAAUGAGGAUUUGUUGCAUCAUUAUUUACCGGAGGAGAUUGUUAAUCAUGUUGUAAAGGAGCUGAAAGUCCAUAUUGAAGAAGGUCAAUGGGACAAGCCCUGGUGGAUGAUGAUAAGUACUGGCAAAUUCACAGUUUCUAGUGCAUGGGAAUUAUUAAGACAAAGAGCAAACUACUCACAGGUUUAUAAGCAGAUGUGGAUAAAAGGGGUGCCUUUCAAGAUCAAUUUUCUGCUAUGGCGGAUGUGGAAGUUCAAGAUACCAGUUCAUGAGGUUUUUCAAAGUAUUGAAACAAUUGAUCACUUGUUUCUUAAUAGAGAAUUAGCAAGAAAAGUGUGGAAAUUCUUCACUGAUGCUGCAAGGAUAUCCAUGAUAUGGAAGUGGAGAAAUACUACCAAGCAUGGGGGGACUUUGUCAUUAUAUAGAGUAUUGCAUGAAAUCCAGGAAAAUAUUCAUAGGUUCUGUAGUGUCAAAUUCCCUGCAUGGCAGGAUAUACCACACAAAUGGCCUGAUAUAGUUAAAUAUGUGGAAAGAUUCGAACCUUGCAUCACCUGUGUUGUUGUAAGAUAUGACUUUCCAUCUGCAGGAUGGUUCAAAUUAAACACUGAUUGUGUAGCAAAAGGUAAUCUUGGCCCCAGUUCAGCUGCCUUUUGUAUGAGAAAUGACAGUAGUGACCUUAUAUAUGCGGAAGGAAAGAAACUUACUGAUGAUGGAUCAAGUUUGAUUGCAAAAGCUGUGGCUCUAAGGAAUGGUGUUGCAUAUUGUGAAAGUCAUAAUUUGUGGCCAUUAAUAGUUGAAACUGACUCCUUAUCCAUGAAGAAUUUUAUAUCUAAUGAAUGGGAAGUGCCUUGGAGCAUUAUUCUAAUAAUUAAGGAGAUCAAUAGAAUGGGGAGGAAUCAGACCACACAGAUUCAGUACAUAUUCAGAGAAGGGAAUGCAGUGGCAGAUUUUUUGACUAACUUAGCUUUUGAUUUUGCAGGUACAGUUCAGUUUCAUAAUUUACAGGAGUUACCUAGUGCAGCAAGGAAGUUAAUCAACAUGGAUAAAGCUCAAGUUCCAAACUUGAGAAUCAGAUACACAAGAGACAGAAGGACUUGA